GUGAUUCCCAUGCGGGGCUUGUUGGUGCAUUCUUCUAGACGUCUGGCAAUAGACUAGACUUGGGCUUAUAGGCUUACUCAGAGGUAGACUAGACAGCACCAAGCUUGCGGACUGGUACAGGACCGAGAGAGCAAGUAAGCGAGUCCUACCACACUCUCUUCCCGUUCUCACCUCCUCCUCCUCCUCCUCCUAUCCACCAUGACCCGCACUACCGCCCACGAAGACCCCCCGGGCCCACCCGAAGGCACCGGUCCCCUCCGCAUCGGCGCCUACCAUCGUCCCACUGUGGGUGAAGCAGAGCAGAGCUGGUCUGAGCUGGUAGAAGUCAUUGAACGUGGGAACAUGGCUGAUCUCAAACGUCAUGCUAGUACCGAAGAAGAGUAUGGUGCCUGGAGUGGACCGAUCAAGGAAGCUUAUGGUGGACUGGAGGAGUAUAUUCGUCAAGUACGUUUAGGGUGGGGGAAACCAGAUGGCAAGGAAAAGGAAGUUCCUGGACAGGAGUACUUUAGGGGUGAAUGGGUGAAUGAUUCUCCACAACGACAUAGAGCAAAGUGUAUUCCGAAUGACUGGCCGUAUGCCGUGCCAGAGGAUUGUGGACACUUUGUCGUCUGGUCCAUCUCCCCCAUGCUCCACGAGGGGCUUUUUCAGACGGAGGAUACGCCUUUUGAAGAGGAUCAGCGGAAGGCAAUCUACGAUGCUGUAUGCCACGAUGGAGUUCGGGGACGUACUGGCGCGCCUAGCAGAGUAGUGGGACAAGAGACGAUCAAGGCUCUUCAGAGUAAAAAGGAGGUCAAGACGAGGGAUACACAUCCGCCAGCGGAGAGACAGAAUGGACACAAGGAGGAAGAGGAGGAUGAUAUCCAUCAUGAGACGAUCGAAUCGCUGGCUAUGAGGGCACAGGCUUGGGCUGGGAGAGAAGUCAAUGCCUAUGUAGAAGCAAAGUGGCCAGAAGAUCAGUGGGAGACGGCCUGGUUCUGCAACCCACCUCAUCUCAGGACUGUCCCAGGACUAUCACAUUUUCAUGUCCUUGCCCGCAGAAAGGUCAGCGACCCCGACAAUCCGAGCGACCCAUGAGCUCUCCUGCAGACACCAAGUAAGAUAUAGACGCAGACUGCCAGAUAGACCUUCUUGUACCACACCUAUGACCAUCUAGACUCAUUGCUUUUCAGAUCAUGCUUGCGCUAAUACCCUCUGAAGGGAGACCAUCCGCCCUGUCAUUCCUUGAUCAGUCUCGUCCGGCCGGUAAUAGAAUGUACGACUUUGUAGAUAGAUGAGAGUCAAGAUCUUUCGG